GUUUAGUGGUAUUUCAUUCUGAUAGAACUACUCACACUUUAGUCUACACAUCCCUCAGUAGAGUCAUCUACAUGUCGAUAAACAGUCCUAUAAAUAAUGUGGAUAUUAUUCUUCGCAAUCCUUGAAGAUCUAGUCUCUUGUGGCUGAGAACUGCACGCCGUCCCCACAAUAAGCUGAGAUGCACUGAACUUCGCCCUAUACGUUAGAGCUUCUACAAGAAACUAAGUUUCGAGUGGAGAUCGGAGCCAAAUAUCCUGAAUUGCCCAAUUUCCUGCGAGGUUCAUGGCGUUUGUCUACCCCACGAAAUGCACAUUCUCUUUCCCGGCAUCCACAAGCGUCCAAUACAGACGGUGUUGAUGUACUAAGUGCAUCUUCUCGAUAAAUUCCCUUUCAAAAAUAUCCGUCCACUCAUGGAGAUCCUGAUAUCCCAGAGCCACACCGUUCGCAAUUAUUCGCAACGUGAGACCAGACAUUAUCAUCGGAUUCGCUCCAAACAACAGCACGCACAACCUGGCCCAAUGGGUCGCCUUAUAUCAGUUUGUAUCGCAGAAUUCACGGCAAGGGCGCGGAAGUGAUGUACCCGGGAACAAAAAGCUGGCCAAUUCAGAGCAAUGACAGCAGCCAAGACAUCAUCGCUCGAUUCGCCGCCUAUGCCGGUUUUCAUCGAGAAACCAGACAGGGGGUGGAUCUUCAAUGUAGCGGAUAAUUCUCAGUUGACAAGCCGGUCCGUUAAGCGGCCCAUCAUAUGUGAGUACUCCGGUCUGAAGGGAGUAGUGCCAGCGAACGGGCCAGGCCCGGAACCAACGACUUUUUUGCGUGAACAUCAGGACCAAUAGGUCGCGAUAGGGAGUAUGGCCUACAGACGCGAUAUAUGUUGGGCGAUGACCAGAGUAUUCCCUAUGUCUCUCACUUUAUCGUUUCCAACUUCAAUUUUGAUAGACAAUUGGACCUCACUAAAACGCACCAGGCGUGGAGGAAUGCCGAAGAAGAAAGAAAUGUGCCGGGGGGGGGGGG